GUACCUAUUUGAGAAGAUCUCAAAGGUACAAAUUUUGUCAAAAGAGAUGAUCAGGAAGAGAAAAAGUAGGAUUAUUACAUAGUCCUUACUAGACAGCAAAGAAGCCACACAGACAACAGCCAUUCUGAAGCAAAUGCAGAGCAAAUGCCUCAGCAGGGGUUUGCACCUUACUAGACAUCAGCGGAUCCCAUUAUAAGGCAUGAAAUAAUAGGAAAAAAACCCCACAUUACUUCUGCUUCUGGAGCUAAUUGUCUAAAUUCUGUAUAAAACAGAAGUGGUGGCUUUUCCAUAUGGAGAACCUCACAGAACUUAGAAAAGGGAGGCUGGUGAUUUCCUUUAGCACAGCGGUAAUUUGAAUGUUUCUGGUUGCUGUCUCACUGUGUGACUUUCAUAUGGUUGUGUUCGAAUUUGUUCGUCUGGAAACCACAGUUGGAAGCAGUAAAAAGAGGUUUUGAAAUUUAAUUUUGUGUGCAACACCAUCAAGAGAUCUGAAAACAAGGGACCAGCCCUUCUGGGACAGAAUGCUACCCAGGAGAUUCUCUUUCCUGCUCUUCAGAGUAAGUUCUAUGCAUCUGCAGUCAUCCAUCACAGUGCCUUACCAAAUGUUGCAGUAUGAUUUUGUCUGGUUUUGUUGUUGGUCUAUUUUGUUUUGUUUCUAUCUUGAAGACUAUUUCUGUUUCUUCUAUAUGUGGGGAAAAGAAUCUUAAAGCACAUAGGCUAAAACUGCCUUAAAAGCCAGGCAUUUCAAGUAAAUUUUGUAUUCUGAGUGAAGCUAUACACAUAUGAUUACAACUUCUGAAAGGUAUUUGUGAGUUCUUAUUUCCCCUUGGGGUAGAAGCUGGGAAAAGCAGCAGGAGUGGCUGCUCACAAAGCGAGGAGGAGAGAAUGCCUGGGGGCUUUACAUACCAUGAUCCAAGAUCUGCUUACAGCACCACACUGGGAACGGAUUCUGCCUACCCCAACAUUUUAUUGCUGUGAAACUGCCUGUUCUUCUGCACUACGACAGUGGCACUCAGCUGUCAGGUAAAAACUUUUUGAAACUGUUAAGAACUACAUCAAACCCAACAAGUCUCUUUCUGUGUUGUUUCAACUCAGGGAAUUUGCUAUUGGAAGAACUAGUGGAUAAUUACUGAAAAGAAUGAAAACUUCUGUAUGGUUUUGCACUUGAGAAUGGCAGAAGUACCGAUCUGAGUUUUCCUGGCUCUUACAUGUAUGUUUUUUGGAGAGAAUUCAGAGAGCAUGGGGGUGACAGCCCUGCCUUCAGCUGCCCUGGUAAUCAGUGCUCUGCCAGUGCAUCUUGAUAAAGGAUUCAGAAGAGGCUGAUCCACCUCACAGGAAGGGUGAGUAAUGUGAAGCAGGGAUGCCUGUGGAGUGGGGCGGGUAUUGCAGUAGUCAAAUGUUUCUCCUGUGUACACAUGGAUUUUCACCACAUUUUCAUGAAAAAAAACAACCCAACCAACCAACCUGAAAAUCAACUUGUCCCUCCCCAGCCCGCCAUACUCCACUGAAAUAUGGAGUUGGUUGAAAGUAGAAACUCUUGAGAUAAGAAUCCUGCAGCAGUACUUCAGGGCAAUUACAUUUCACGUUUGAUGAGUCCAUUCUCUAGACCACAAACAAGGUUAUAUCUUCCCUGAUGUAGUAGUUUGUUCAGCCUGGGAGAUACACUCCUCCUGUGGCAGAUCUCAUGGGGCGUGGGGCAUGGGGCUAUAUUGACUACUGCUGCCGGGGCAGUGGUUUACCAUUUCUGAAUUUUCUAUGAAAAGUGGACAGUUUUUAGACAGAAAACUUUAUUUUGUUGAAAAGCAGGGGUGUGGAGAGGGUAGGAAGUUACUGAUAGAUCAGCAGUUACUAAUAGAUCAGCAGUUACUAAUGGAUCAGCUCAGGCUGUGUUUUGUAAGGAAGGGAAGAAGGAAGGUGAGACUCAGAUGCCUUAGACAUUGCUUGUGGCAUAGUCUCCGAAAAUGAAGCUGAUUCAUAUUUGGAAAUUAUUUGACUGCAGGCAGAUAGUUUAGGACAUAAUGUAUUAUGCAGAUUUCUACCUCAUUUACCUGUCCAAUUAGACCAUUAAAAUGCCUCAAGCAUUUGUGGCUUGGCUUUAUUUUGUAGCAUUUUUAAGAAAAAUUCACAAUCUUUUCCUUGCAGAAAUCUUGUCCAUGUGUUCUCUCCACCCUGGGGUUUCUGGGUGAAGACAACUGAGGUGUUCAUACAGGGCUGGGAUAUACCGAUACAAAGAAUACUGGGAACUGCUUGGAAUUGGUAUUAAUCAAAGGUUGCAGGAGGUGGUGGCUCCACCAGAGACUUGCCUGUGACGUAUUAAUUGAGCUACAUUUUUGUGGCUACGUAACUUGUAUUUUUGCAUGGACAUUAAAUUGCACCUUGUAGGAACCUUGGCAGCCUGCAUCGUAAAGUCUCACAGAAGCAGAGAUGCUUUUUGAGAUGCAAAAUUAGGGAAGGCACGGACUGUAAACAUGUUUUGCUGAUUGUCCUGAACAGUAUUUCAGCCUUGUAUGUUCCUCCCAACCUGCAGUUAUUAAACUUUGACUUUGUACAAGUUAUCAAAUUAAUGCUGUCGUGAGAGUGUGGUACCUAGCCAGACGAUGCCUGUCCUGGUUGCAUAAUGCAGAGAAUUUUGACCAGAGUUUUAGCAACAGUGAAGAAGGGCGGGGCAUGGAGGAUACACACUGUAAUUGAAGAUCAAAGCUAAUUGUUUCUGCUUCUUAAUCUGUACCUGAGCUGUUCAGCUGCAAAAGGCAGAAGUGUUAGGAAGCAUCUCUCACCUGGACGUUUUGUCAUCAGGGAGAAGUAAAGAGGAACGGCUUUCAGAAGUGGCACAAAGUUGAAGAUGGAUAUUAAGAACAUGAAGAACUACCUCUAUUGGCUGUUCUGCCAGUUCGAACUAAUUACCUGCAGCUAUCUCAUGGAGCCCUGGGAAAAAGUGCUUUUCUACACUUUCAACAUUACCAUGUUAUUCAUGGUGUUAUACACCGCUUACAUCUAUGUCCCCAUCCACAUCAGCACGGCUUUUCAAUUCUGCCUGCACUUGUUUGGAAACCAACAUGAAAAUACUGUUUCUAUCGUGAAGUAACAUUGGCAACCCAACCCUGAGUUUUGGAUCAAAGAAGUGUUUUUCUUAACACUCCACUUUUUUGUUAAGAAACAGGUUCAGGGUGUGCGCAAACACUAUUUUAUUCUGCAGUAGCUCUUAAUGUUCUUCUGUAUUCUGGGACCCUGACAGCAAAUUAUUUUGCCAAAACAAUUUCAAUCACUCCUCAAUUUAUUGUUUGACUGACUGCUUCUUAAGGAGCUUUCAAUUUUAAAGACUGUCUGGAGUUAUGAAGCUGGGUUUCCUACAGAACCGACUGUGCUAUAUAUCUUGUUAUUCCAGGAAGAGCUGCUUGGAUAUGGAGAAUUUUCAUCUUGAGAAAUUACAAGGCAUACAUUUGUUCUUGUUUGCUGUAGCUUUGCUGACAGGAAAGAUGUGUACACAAAAGUUAUUGCACAACACUAUAGGACUAUAAGCUGCUUCUCUAAGCUUGGUAUGUAUGUAUUUAUAGAAUGAUUUUAUUAUUUAUUUCAUUUCCUCAGUUAUUUAGGACAAUGGAUUACUUGAAUGUUUCAUGAUCAUUGUGCAAAUAGUGCAGUUGAUCUAUUAAAAACGUGGGGUUCACUUCCAUGAAAAUUUAUAGUAAAAUUCUGAUAUUCAUGGACUUUAUUAAAAAAGAUCAUUUUUGUUUUACUUUGAGAAGACUGAUAAAGCACACACAUCCUACACAGAACAUGAAACUACACAUUUGGUUGUGGUAGGGACAUUUUAGUUGAAAAACAAUAAAACCCCUACCCAAAAUAUGUCUUUCCUUUUUGCCUAAAUCACUUAUGCCCCCUCUUUUACCUUCUUUUAGACUCUACAUGUUGAAUAGUGUCUGAAACAUGAAUUCUUGAGACUGCACACUUUGUAAAUAACAUGCUGGACACCCUGUAAUUGGGUUGUUUUCAACAUCCGUGUUUUUUAAGCUUCAAUCUUAGAAACACAAGAUGCCUGUGCUGUCAGAUGUGGAAUGGAGCUGGCUGGGGAUGAAGAACAAUAAGAACUGGUGUUCUGUGUCAUCCCAGCAGAAGAAUAGAGUACUAGCAUGGUGCGUACGGGGUGAUGUAAUCUCAACUUUGCUCCCACCCACAAUGAAGUGAGUUUUCUUAUAGCUUUUGAGCAUUGAGAUGCUCCUGGAACAUCCUCUCCUUCAAGAGACUAGGAUGUUAUUACUGAGUGGCAGUCAAAUGACUUAUGAAAUGAGAUUUGGUCAUAGAAGGCGAUAAAACGAAGUGAAGACAUUAGAUAUGUUAUUUGUCAUCUCUGCAAGGUCAGUUACUUUCCCCAUUUAUAAUUAGGGGAAAAUAAGAUAGGAUACAAAAAUAGUUUAUUUGGGGAAAAUGAGGGCAGCUGCGCUUAA